AGGAAGAAAGAUCCAGACUUCCCCUUCUGUCCUCUACCACAGGAGAAAGGAGACGCGCUGAGGUUUCCAGGAGCCGAGAAAAUAUUAGGAUACACCUGGGCCAAGAUUUAACUUUAAAGAUGCGUUCCCAUCAGAAAGACAAUGGAAAUGUCAAAACUGCUGACAGAAAAAGAGGAGCUGGAAUUAAAAAUUCAGGAUCUUACAAAUAAAAAUCUUCAACUGGCCAAAGAAAAAGAGGAACUCUGUGAAGAAUAUGAAGAAAAGCUGAGCAGGAAAAGUAGCUCUGAUGAGUCUGAGCAGCUGGACAAACUCAGACGGGAGAAUGAGAGUCUCAGCUGCCAGAUUCAAAGAUUCGCUGGAGAAAAAGCAGAGCUCCUGCGAGAAAAUAAUGACCUUAAAGAAGAACUUUAUAGAAAGACAGCAGUGAUAUCAAAACUGAUAUCAGAGAAAGAAGAGCUUCUAAUCCAGACCGAGAUGCUGACGUUCAAAAAUAUUCAACUAAGCGACGAGAAAGAGGCGCUCUUCAGAGAGUACAAAGAAAGACUGUGGAGAGAAACAACUGAGGAAGGGCUGCCGUGCAUUCUUGAUAGAGGGAGACCAGAUGGACCAGAAAAUUAGUGUUAGGGAGUGCAAAAGAGGCUCCGAGAGUGUUUGCCAAACAAGGGCAGACAUUACAGAGGACAAGACAGAAGAAGCUCAUGAAAAAAUGGUGGAACAUAAAUUGAAUAAGAAGUGGCUUAAAGCUUCGGUAGACAGCCUCAAAACCAAAAAAUCUAAGGAACCCAGGGCAAAUGUACUGAGAUGGCUUCAGCAAUCUCUGAAAAUCCUGAAAGAGGAUUACUCUAAACUGUCAAGAUACACCCUGCCAGAAUGGCUUAAAGCAUCCACGACCAACCUCCCAAAGGAAUGCGAUGAGGCAUCCAGGGAGGAUGUGAAUGGUUGGCUGCAUGUAUCGCUAAGUCAUCUCCAAGAAGAAGGGCCGGAAACGUGUGAUUUGGAUGUGCAGGAAUGGCUUGAAGCAUCUAUUAUAGGCAUUCAACAUCGACAAAAGUCCAAGUAAAAGUCUUGAGGAAGCCUAAGGAAGGGAUGCUUUGAAAAAUCAAUAGAGAACCUCAAGAAGUAACGUCCUGAAGGAUCUGUGGUGAAUAUAUUAGAAUGGUUUCAAGGAUCCUUAGAAAGCCUCUCACUGUCUGGAGAACCUAGACCAGUUCUUGAAAAGUGGCUUUGACAAUCCUUGGAAAACCUGCAAGAAAAAGGUUCUGAAGUAUCUAAAGAAGAUGCCCAAAAUGGCUCAAAAUAUCUGGAAAGAAUCUUGAGAAGGAAAGAGCUAAAACACCAAACCUAGAUACUGAGGAAUGGCUUAAAGCC